GCGAUACCUACGUGCUCGCCGGAUAGAGCGCAUGAAUAAAACGCACCCAUCUGCGUGCUUCUCAACAUCCUAUGUGGAAUCCUCCUGCCACAAUAUUUUUUUGUGUGUGUAAAAAUGUGUUAAUAAUAAAUCGCCAAGAACUGCUUGACGCCUGGAUAGAGUAAUAUUUUUUAAUAUAUUUUUUUUCGUACUGCAAACUCAAUGCAAGAGUGCCAGUGUUUUAGUUGCGAAUGUGCCAUGUGCUGAACAAAGCAAGUGAUUCCCUAAUCGCUUUAAUUCUCAUCUGGUACCUUGAAUGGUAGUCAACACAACACAUCACUGCACAUGUCUCUUAAAUGGUAAAGAAAAAAGGGAAGCUCGGCCAUCGUUAAGAUUCAGUGCCAGAAAGCAGCUGAGUUUUUUCGGAACUAAGAUGAAGGUUACUGAUUUCUCUCGAGCACAUUCCGUAAGUCACGUCGCCCCGUGCAAAGGAUGAGGCUUCCCAAAGGAUAUAGGACACUAUCACCAGCAUCGAACGCUGCCCAGACGUCGCCACUCUCCUACAAUUCACUAACUAGUCUGAGCCUCCUUCGGCUGCUCGCAGUUGUCUUGGUGAUUGGAUCGCAAGUUCAUGUCCUGUGCACGGCAUCCGUCGAACAAAAAACCACCUCGACAGGCGCACUACCCAGAAUCGGCGAGAAUCGUUCUUUACUUUUUGAUGACUAUAAUAAAACUAAACCGACAUUAUCAACAGCUGAUUACCCGUCAGCCACAAGAGCCACCCUUUACGGAUACUCAUCGCAGGACCAGGACCAGGACCAGGACCAGUACCAGGACCAGUACCAGUCCCAAAUGCCAGUCGAGGCGUCGAGCUCAUCGCACAGCGCCGUUCCCACGAAAAUUAGCAGGGAUAGGGCACCCAUAGGAACGCCCGGCAGUAUGGAGUUCAGCGAUAGCCAUUCAAUCAAAAAUUUGGGGACAACUGAUCAACUUACGACAGUGACAAUGCCGACAACAGCAUUUGCGUCCCUUAAAACCGAUAAAAGUACGAUAAAACAGUCCAUCGACUCCACGCGCACGAGAAAUCAUUGGACAGCGAGUGGAUUCGCCCGUGUCACAGAGCGACCACGCAGCAAGCACCACCAUGAGCACCACUGGGGACCCUUUUUUGAGGAGCCCCUCAACUCGCCCACUUCGGGGGACAACCUCGUGUCCGCCGUGCAUUUGUUCACGGAAGCGGUGCUCAACUGCCGUGUCGGAAUGCUCAAGGACAAAACUGUCAUGUGGGUCAGGCGAACGGCGGAGAAGGUGUCACUCCUGACGGUUGGCAACGUCACCUACAGCGGAGACCCGAGGAUUCGGGUGAAGUUCCAGUACCCGAACAACUGGAGGUUACUCAUCAACCCAACGCAGACUGAAGACGCCGGAGUUUACAUGUGCCAGGUUUCCACCCAUCCCCCCCGAGUAUUCACCACCAACCUCACCAUCCUGGAGCCCCCUUUGAGGAUAAUCGACGAGCACGAGCGGGAUGUGGGGGAUCGUUACUAUAAGUCCGGCAGCACCGUCGAUCUGCAAUGCCAAAUAUCGCGUAGCUUUUUCCAAAAAGAACGUCAGACCAUUCUCAAAUCAACUGAUUCUGCCAAUGAUGCUGUACAAAAACUAUUCAACGAGACGAAUAGCGAGCUUAAUCUAAUCGGGAACUCGAGUCAGCAGACGCCACAUAAGUCCUCUGGCCAGGAUCUGGAAAAGUACUUCACCAAGUUCAUAACCUGGGCCAAGGACGAGGAGCCUCUUCAAGGAAUGACCAAUAAGCGCUUAAGUGUUUCCGACGUCUGGCUAACCAGUCGUAUCUCCAUUGGGGAUGCCAAGCUCUCCGACAGUGGCAACUACUCCUGUUCGCUGGGCCGACUGUUCACUGUAAUUGUCCAAGUUCAAGUGCUCACAGGGGAACUACCGGCGGCUGUCCAGCACAAUGUGGCAUCGAGGCCCCAGAUCGGUGCCCUUCCGCUCUUCGGACUCCUCAUUUUCCUCCUCACUUGCCUGAAAACCGGCAGUCGAAACUUCUAAGGCCACUAAUCUGUGGGCAUCCACAGACAAUUAAUCAAUAUUAUUAAGGAUAACAGAGAUUGGCUGGUUCUAAACAAAGGUUUUAGUUUUAAAGUUCAGAAUCAGAAGGUGAUUUCAUUACAUAUUUGUGUUAUAGUGCCUACGAAUAAGACUUCGGAUUUGUUUUGACAAAUAUUCUUAAAUGUUUAAUGAAUCAGUAAUUGGAAUUAAUUAGGCCACAAUACGAAACAAUAACAUUCCAGAUUCUUAGGAGAAAAAACCCAACGGUUUAAAUGUUUUCCUCACCUGUUUUCUAGUUAAUUUAGUUGUCAAGUUAAAAUCUCUCUAAAUGUGUAAAUGUUAUACUAUUUAUUUAAGAGUUAAGAAACUGGGAAGGUUCGCAACCUUAGUCCAAGAAUGUUGAAUUUACCCUUCUACGACGAUUUGUAGCUGGUGAAAAUGAGUAUAUUUUUGUAUAUGCUUUAGAGUUUUCCUUUCAACAACUUUCGCAGGCAAAUCAAAUGUAUCAUACGUUAUUAUAAGUUUAUACCACUGACUCGCAGGAUAACAAGUUUUUUCAAGAAAACAACGAUCUGAUUAAAACCUUAUGCGGUAUACUACUUUUUCAUCACCUAAACUGCUGUUUGUAUUUCUGGUGCUGGGUGCUUCUGCAGUUUUCAAUUGGAUAAGUUGAUAUACCAUAAUUAUAGAUCAUUUAAAGCGCUACAUCUAAUCGCAUAUCUCUAGAUUCCCUUAGAAGAACACUAAUAAACAGUUUCAUAAUUGCUUUAUUUUAUAAAACAAAUUUGUUUUUGUUAAAUUCAAGGGUCGCAGAUGAUACACACGUAGGGCUUGUAAAAAUUUUUGGAUAGAAACUUUCACUUUGACCUUAAUUAUACUUAAAAAAAAAAAAUAAAAAUGAUUGCAUACA